CGGUUCACAAAGUCCUGCGUUUUCGCGACCUUCGCCCUCCUUUCCACCAUAGCCAUCUCCCCAGUACCAGUACCUUGUAGACAACAUGGAAUCCAGCGACCCGCCCAGUCGACCCGCGCGCCACCUCGGACGGCCAUAUGGCUAUCUCUGGCGCGCGCUCAUCGCCGCCUCGUACCCGCUCCGCGGCAUCUACUACUUCCUACGUCAUCCCGCCUAUUACCCGCUCUGGUUCAGCCGGCUGCUGCCCCUCGGCCUGCUGUCGCUCCUCAUAUACACAAUCCUCUUCACUUUCGCCUUCCUUCCCCAGUACGCGUUCCUCGCGAUCUUCCAUGGCUGGGGCGCUUGGGUGAAUGCCCUCGUCCUUGUACUCGGCGAAGGGCUGGUCAUCAUCCAGGGCCUGUUUGAAGGCUUCUUUGUGGACGAGUGCCGCGUAGAUGUCUUUGAUGCCACGCUCAUCGACUUGGGGUACUCGGAACUGAUCGCGCCGCAUCGCCUUCUCUUCCCUGAUGCCCCCAACUCGGUCAAGAUGCUGGGCAAGCCGACGUCGCCUGCGGUAUAUCAGCCAUGGAGCCUGAUCCAGAUCGUCGAGCUCAUCUUCUGCCUCCCGCUCAACCUGAUCCCGUACGUCGGCACCCCAGCCUUCAUCAUCAUAACCGGAGCUCGGCUUGGCACCUUCUCGCAGUACCGGUGGUACCAACUGCGUGGCUUGUCAAGAAAGGAGCGCAAGCAGGAGAUCAAGAGUAGGAUGUGGGAAUACACCUGGUUUGGCACGGUCGCGAUGCUGCUCGAGCUGAUACCCGUCUUCUCCUUCUUUUUCCUUCUUACGUCGACCACGGGAGCCGCUCUAUGGACUGCAAAGAUGGAGGACCAGAUGCGUGGUGUUGAUACCGGGGAGCACGCAGCACCGCAACAGGUAGCACGGGACGAGCACGAGCACGACCCCGACGAGCCGCCGCCUCCUUAUGUGGACAACCCGGUCUGAAUGGGUGCUUUCGUAGGACAACAUAGACAGAUAGUUCAAUCAUCCUCAUCGUACGCAACCCACGCUUACCCAUCCAUGAAGGCAUACACAGAACAAUCAUCACGAACUUGCCCAUUCUGAGGGUUGGCACUUCCUAUCUGCGUAGGUGGUAGGGCACUCUCUUCCAGAAUGCGGACUGCAAUGACACAAGCAAGGUCUACUACGGGCUGUUCCCGC